AUGGCAAAUAAUUUAUUGACGGAAGCAUUGAAUACUUAUCAAAUGAUUGUGAAAAAUAAAAUGUUUGUAAAUUCGGGUCGCUUAAAAGCAAACAUUGCUAAUAUCUAUUUCAAACAAAAAGAUUACAAAAAAGCUAUCAAACUUUAUCAAAUUGCUCUGGAUCAAAUACCAAAUUCACAAAAAAAUACCAGGAUUAAAAUAAUGAAUAAUAUUGGUGUUGCAUUUAUCAAAUGUGGUGAAUAUGACGAAGCUGAUAGUACAUUUGAGUACUGUAUGAAUGAAAAGGGUAAUUAUAAUACAGCGCUUAAUUUUAUCCUUACCGCAUAUUGCUUAAAUGAUAUUGAUAAGAUGAAGGAUGGAUUUCAGCGUUUGUUGGAUAUACCAUUUUUGAUAGAUGAUGAAACGAAAUAUGUGGAUCAACAGGAUUUCCUGAUUUCACAAAUUAUUAGCAACGAUUCGCUAAAACAAUGGGAGCGUCAACGACGAAAUGCUGCAGAAAAAACAAUUUUCAUUGCUGCAAAAAUUAUUUCAUCCGUUAUUGCACCAACGGUAUCUGAGGGUUACAAAUGGUGUGUGGAAGCAAUUCGACAAUCGGUGUAUGCACCAUUGGCAAUGGAAAUUGAAAUGAACAAAGUGGUCGCAUUGCUUAAACAGGGUGAUUUAACGAAUGCAACAGAAAUACUAAUGUCAUUCAAUAACAAGGAGGAUAAAGUGGCAAGUGCAGCAGCGAAUAAUCUUGCUGUACUUAAUCUUUUACAAGGAGCAUCGAAAUUGGAAGAAGCUAUACAAUACUCUGAACAAGCACUUUCUGUUGACCGUUACAAUGCUAAUGCAUUGGUGAAUCGCGGGAAUAUUUUUUUCGUUCUAGGUGAUUUAGAUAAAGCCGCUCAAUACUAUAAGGAAGCAUUAAAUAAUGAGGCAUCAUGUUUGCAAGCUCUUUACAAUCUUGGCUACGUUCAACGUUUACAAGGAAAAUUAGAAGUAGCAUUGGAGUGUUUUUAUAAAUUACAUAAUAUUUUAUUAAAUAAUGUUCAAGUACUAUGCCAACUUGCUUCGAUAUAUGAACUACUAAAGGAUACAGCACAGGCAGUCGAAUUAUAUAGUCAGGCAAACAGCUUAGCUCCAACAGAUCCUGGGAUAUUAUCGAAAUUAGCCAGUAUUUAUGAUUCGGAAGGUGAUAAAAGCCAAGCAUUUCAAUGUCAUUAUGAUAGUUAUCGAUAUUUUCCAUCUAAUAUUUCCACAAUUGAAUGGCUUGGAGCAUAUUACAUUGAUGCUCAGUAUCCGGAAAAAGCAGCAAUUUAUUUCGAAAAAGCUUCUAUCAUGGAACCAAAUGAAAUAAAAUGGCAAUUGAUGAUGGCAGCAUGCUUACGACGUUCCGGAAAUUAUCAAAAAGCAUUCGAGUUGUAUCAACAAAUACAUGGAAAAUUUCCAGAAAAUAUCGAAUGUUUAAAAUUUUUGGUCAGAUUAUGUACCGAUCUUGGAAUGCCUGAAGCUAAAGAAUACAUGGAAAAGCUAUCAAAGACAGAAAAAGUACGUCAAUUAAGAAUGCAACGUGAGGUGGAUUCUAGCCAAGGAAGACAACAUACACCGUUAAUUCAAUCAACAAGUAACUUUGCGAAAGAUAUUUCACUAGCAGUAGUGGUAAUUAAUAGCAGUAGCGUUAGUGGUAGUAGUAGUAGUAGUGGUAGUAGUAGCGUUAGUGGUAGUAGUAGUAGUAGUAGUAGUAGUAAUAGUAGUAGUA